AUGAAAAAGAUUUCAAAGAGAAAAGAAGAUAUUUUUAGAAAAAUUUUGGAAGAUGCAGAUAACAUUGCUGUAGAAGAAAAUAUAGACAAGCAUCUUCAAAAAGAUUCAAAUAUAGAAGAAAAUCAAAACAUAAUAGAAACUCUGAGAGGCAAAGUAAGAGAAAAGCUAAAAAGUGCCAAGGUCAAUCAAGGUGAAAAGUCUUCAACUCGGCUGCUCAUUGAUGACAAGAUAUAUCAUUUACCAUUGUUUAAUCCACAGACUGAAGUCUCACUGGAUAAAGGUCUUUCAUUUUUCAUUCAGAGUGAUGAAGAAGACUCAGCUUUAGACCAGUCUGCAGAGCAGACAUCAGUAAAUGGUAGUUACCACAAACAUUCUUCACUUGAUGAUAAUUUACAAAACUUUGUUGAGGGCCAAGAUGAAGAUUUUAUGAAGGAAGUCAUUUUCCCAGAUUUAGUUGAAAUAAAGGCUGCUGAUUAUGAAGAUGAUCAGGAACAAAUUAAAAGACAACAGGCAAAUAUUUUUGUUCCAAGUAGUUCUCCAGUGAACACCCAGCUUAAACUGCCAAAAGAUGUGAUGCCACGCAUUUUAGAAGAAGAAGGAAUCUAUGUGCAGAAAAAGCCAAGAAUAUAUAAAAAGACCUGCAACAAAAUGGAAAAUCGCCUGCUUAAACUAGAAGAGGGAAAGUGUUGGUUUGAAGAAAGUGGAGAAAUAAUGUCAUUACCUUCACCUAUUAGACAGUCAUGGAAUUUCAGACUAAACAAAAACAAGGAAGCUUUAAAUCCAGCAUUGAAGACCAUGUACAAGAAGGCAGUGAAAUCUGACCUAGAAAUCUCUGUUAGGAACAAAAUGGAAGGUCAAGGGGAAAUGUAUCAUUUAGAUCUCAACAUUGUGGGUUUGCAAUUCAGUCAUCACCCUCUCUUCAAUCAAGAACAAGUAUUAUGUGCCAGGCUGCUCCAACUUUAUGAGUGUUUUCAAGACAGGCAGCAACAGAAUUUAACUCAGCUGCUGUAUGAGAAGCUUAAAGCACUGACAGAUGCUACCAAAUUAGCAAAUGAAAAUUUGAAAAUAAGCCAGCUGACCAGAAAAUCUUUACAGGAUUAUUAUUGGCAGAUAAGUAAUACAAAACAGCUCUAUGACUUAGAAAAGGAAAAGGACUUCUCCCUACUACACAGCAUAUUACGGACUUGGAAACAGAUAAAAUCCCUUCGACAACGGCAAGGGUUUACAAGCACCCCGAUCAAGUUACAGUUUCAAAGGAUGAAAAUGAAUAAAUAUGAUGAACAAAAACAACAGGAACUGUCAAAAAUGUCUGAGACUGAGAAGAAAACUGAAGGAAAAGCAUUUAAGAAUGGAGAGAGACAGGAGAGCUUCCCAUAUUUAACUUCAGAAUUUGCAGAAACAGUUACUGAAAGAAUAAAUCCAAUUACCUUGAUGCCACAGCUUUCUUUCACAGCAGAUAUAACAAACUCAUCUAGGUGUUCACUGCAUGAACAAAAGAGGAGAGCCAAAAUUCAGAAGCUUAAAUAUUUUAUUAAAAUAUUAUACAACGAUAAACAGGUUUCUUACACUUCAGUAUCUCCCCUACAGUUUGAUUUUAAAGUCAUGUUUCAGCAAAUUUUCAGUAUUCAGUUAAUAUAUUGGCCUGAAACACUUUGCCUGGAGGUUUAUGAAAUAAGUAAAAGGACAAGCUUACUGGCAAAGCUAUAUUUACCUUUACCUAACAACACAGAGCUGAAAAGCAAAACUGUUUUGGAAUAUGUAGAGUUUAGUUCUGAUGAGCUAGUCAUCCCUGCAUACGGAGAAGUAGGAAGCAAUGUGCCCUUUCUUCUUGAGGGAAAUGGAACAGAAGAACUUUGUCUUUUGACAUCAGGAAAACUAAGCUAUUCUCUAUCAUGGGCCUUAGAUGAAAACGGUGUUCCUCUGACACCUGUGUCACAGUCGUUAAGAUCUGCUUACUGCAGUGUGUUAAGGAAUGUAGAUGCAAGAGGUGUUCCUGGAAUUUCAUGGCUUAUUAAUGCACAGAAGCUUUUCAGAUGGGCAAAUGAAGUCAGAAUUGACCCAAAUAAUCCAGAAUAUUCUGAUUUAAUGGAAUUUAUUAUGUACAUAAAACACAAAGGGCAGGAUAUGCCGAAGUAUUUUCGUCUUGAACAGUUGCAAGAUGAAUUUAACUUUGUUUCGGAAGAGGAAAUGAAAAAGAGUAAACGUUUCCAGCUGUUGCAACUUAGAAAUGCAGGUCACCUAGAUAUUUUCCUUCCGCAGCCAAUGCCCCUCUAUGAUAGAGAGAUUCCAGAUUUAGUCUUCCAGGAAUCUGAAAGUGAAAUAGAGAAGGAUAUAUCCAUGUCGGAUGUGAAUUCUAUUACCACACAAAGGAUUAGUUCUGCCAAUUUUCUGAAAAAGAUGAGAAGGUUGAUAGUGAGAAGAAUUGUCAAAGUUAGCAAAUUUAACUUAUCAGAUGUUGUGGCUGAUUAUGAAGAAGUUGUAUCUGCAAGCCAGUUGACACACGCAGUUUGUAAGCUUCUUGAACGACGAAGGAAGUUGAAGCCUAAGAGGAAAGAAAGGAAAAAAGUGGCAGCACAGACUAUCUGUGAUGGAGAUAUUAAGAUUCUUGUCAGAAUACUGAGGGCUUAUAAUAUUCCUACAAGGAAAACAGUAGUUAGUAGAACCUUGAAAAUGCCUACUUACUUGGUAUCGUCCAUGUCUCGCAUCAGACAUAAAGAAACAAUCAAAUCAGUAGCCUCAGAUGAGAUCUUAAAUGAGAUAAGUAUUUACCGCUUCUAUAAAGAUGCUGUGCGCCCUUUUGUGGAAGUGUCCUUUCAGCACACCGUAUACCAAACUAGUGUUGCAAGUGGAUCUCAUCCAUGCUGGAAUGAAGAAAUUACAGUAGAUUUUAUCUUACCAGGACAUGAUUAUAACUUCUCAAACUUAUCUAAAAUAAAAGAUAAUAUAUAUAUCAACAUUUUCGAUGAAAUGAUUAUUGAAAAACAUGAGGAUUACUGUUCCAAGAGCUGCAGUGGUCAUUCAUAUAUAAGAAAGAAUUGGCUUGGAUCCAUUGUCUUCCCUUUCUCUGCUCUCCUGCAACAAUCUGAGAUUAGUGGGACAUUUCAAGUAAAUAUUCCUCCAGUUUUGCUUGGGUAUACUUGGAGUAAGACUACUUACGUGUCUCCUAAAGAAGAUUGUAAUGGACAGAAUUUAAAAGAAUGUGCCUUCUUAAAUAUUUUUGCUACCAUUGAACCUCAAAUAUCAUAUACCAUCUGUAAUCCAGAACUAGACAAGUUUUCAGAUCACACAGAUGUUUUGGAGAGAGCACAGAUUUUUAAAAAAAACUGUAAGGCAUUAUUUCCUAAACGAAGAAUCACAACUACUGUUUUUAAUGAUGAAGGGAUACAGAUCUUAGUAACAAGGUAUAUCAAGGCAUUGAAUCCACCUCAACAACUCCUGGAUCUAUUUCUUCAUGAUUCUAAUGCAACACUUGACCUCGUUGCUCGCUUUGUGUCUUUGAUUCCUAUUGUGUCUGAUACACUGGAUGAAAAUGAUGAUUUUGAAAUAUGGAUGACAUCAGAGCGCUGCAUCAGUUUGGCUAUUGGAACCAAGGAGGAGCAUGCCAUUCUUCUCUGUAAUUUCCUUCUGUAUUUUGGAAAGAAAGCUUUGGUCCUCUUAGGAACCUCAGUGUUGGAAGGACAUGUGGCUUAUGUAUUAACUCAAGAAACUGAUAAAUAUUUGCUUUGGAAUCCAUUAACUGGGCAAUGUCACAAGCAGUUUGACCCAUUUUGUCCCUUACAAAGUGUAGACUGUUUGUUUGAUGGUGAAAAUGUCUGGUUUAAUAUUCAGCAAAAUAAUUCACCAAUGGCUGUAUAUUUUGACUAUUCAAAGGAAAGUUUCUGGAAACAGCUGCUUCCAAAAAAUUACCAAGGGCCAAAAGCACAAAGCAUACAGCCUGAAGCAAUAAUUUAUUCUGAUACUGAUAAAGGCAUGGUAGAAGAUCUGAAGAACAGGAUUGAAAGAACUCUGAAAUGUAAAAUAAUGGAAUGGCGACCUAAACAGCCAACACGUUGGAAUAGACAAUGUACUUUUAUUUUACGAAAAAUCCUUCCUAAACUAGAACUUGGCUCCGGAAGCUUUGUUUCGUCUGAAGAAGAGAGUGAAUUUGAAAGACUAUUACAAUUCUAUUGGGUCACAGGAUUUCCUAUCCAGAUGCCAUACACUGAUGUACAGUCAGUUAUUGAUACUGUGUAUCAAACUGGAAUUCAUUCCUCUGAAUUUCCACAGACAGAAUUUGCUCUAGCUGUGUACAUUCAUCCAUACCCAAACAACAUAUUGUCUGUAUGGGUCUAUUUGGCUUCAUUAGCUCAACGUCAGUGAAAAGGAAGAAGAGAAAAGGAGAAGAUUGUUCAUGGCCCCCAGCAGAAGUCAAAACUUCCCUGGUAAUUGGGAUUUUUCUGUUCAUCCUCAAGUGCAGAUCAGCGUGAAUCCAAUUUUUGGUUCACUUAGUUGAAUACGAUGGAGACUCACUCCGUGAGUCUUUCAGGACAAGACUCAGGCCUCCUCACAGGAGACCUCUUCAAGGAGGACUCUUUGGGGAAGUCUGGCACCUUGGGUCACUGUCUAUGUAGGUCUUCUUCUGGGAAAGAAGCAAUUCUGGCCUCUCUCUAAAGCCAGUGUUACUCAAACUGGGGGUCCCACACCACGUCCAUCAAAAAUCACCUGGAAAGCCUUACUUAAAAAUGCAUAUUCCCACAUCUCACCCAGUACCUACUGAACCAGGAUCUCUGAGAGUGCAGCUCCAGAACUGAUGUUAUUUUAAACAAGCUCCCCAGGAAAUUCUCUUUACCUGUUAAGAGUGAAAACCUUGUCUUAUAAUGUUGUUUUUACCAAAAUGAGGCUGGUACAUUGGAUGCGGGUUCUGAUGGAAUUCCUGGCAGAAAUUAUUCAGAUAGAAACCUAAGGUCACUGCCUCUUAGGAAAUAAAAGAUUAUUUCAGUGGCGAGAAACAAGAGGAAAAUCUGUCAUGUUGGGCUGAGGACUGAGGUCAGCUUCUGGAGCCUGCUCAAAAGUUUUCUCUUGAGAUGCUACUGAUCUGAAGUCCUUUCAGCUCCGAGUAUUUGGAAGAGACUCACAGGAAACACUACCUAAAUGCUUUCCUGGUUCUGUGAGAAAUGGAGAAAAUGGUCUUAUUGAAUCUUAGAGUUCCUUUGUUUCUUAAUGAGCAGCCCUCCACUCUGCCCCUGGCGCUUUUCUGCUGCUUUUCUUUCACAAUGUUGGCCCCAGGGAGACCCAUCUGGGUCCUCAAGAAAGAGUGGGCAGGGAUCUAAGAAUCCCUGUACUUUGCUGUAUUUGAUUGUUCUGUGCUACAUUGAGAAAAGUAUUCAUACAGUUUAUUCAUGGUACAUAACACCUUAUUUUUUAAAUCAAAAGGUACAGAUUUCUAAAGAUUGAUGGGAACACUUUAUAUGAGGUAAAAGUAAGAAAAAGAGGCUUCACUGCUCUCAUUGCAGGAGCUCCAGGGCUUGAGUCACCCCAGCAAGCAGAGAGCAGAGACCCCAAAUUCAUCCUCAGGGAACCCUCAAUCUGCAUCUCCUCCCUCAAUAUACCUGAGUAAGCUGGUGCCAGAGAAGACCUCAUUUAUUUGCAGUGAUGUUAGUCUUGGGCCAAACUCAAGAUUGCUAGAAGAGUAGCGAGAGUCGGGAUGUGGGUGAGGAGAAUGUUUUGCUCAAAAGUUAAAACCUAAUUAUGUGUGUCUUCUGGCAUGUAUCAGAAAACUGAUCAGAAUUUUUGCUUUUAUUUGAAUGUGUUUAAAUGCUCUGUGAAGUUUUGUUACCAACAAGUCUCCCACAUUGAUUGGGGUAGCACAAAAUGGUAGCUGUGGAAAGACAAGUUUGGCAAAGAAAUGCCGAAUUCAUGCAGUUCAUUUCUAUGAUACAUUGAAUGUUUAUGUCGCUAUUUUGUUAGCCAUUUAUGGUUUUAGAAUUGAUAGGCCACUUUAAGAGUAAGGAGAAAAAUCUUCAUAGGCAAGUGUAUUAUAGUCUAUA